AUGAACCGCAGCAGCAGCAGCAGCAACAGCAGCAGCAGCAGCACAGCAGCAAAAGGCAUCCCUCACUUCUACCGCUGGCUUUGCAAUCAAUUCCCUACCUGUGUGCAGCCGCUGCAGAAAUAUGUUUGGCGAAAAGCAGCACAGCCUAGCAGCAGCAGCAGCAGCAGCAGCGGCAGCAGCACUUCUAAAGACACCGCCAAGGAGCGCAUGCUGCAGCAGCUCCUCAAGGAGGAUGAGUUGCUGCUGAAGCAGUUUCAAGGGGCGAAUGGCGCAGCAGCAGAAGCAGCAGCAGCGAAGUCCUUCAGUUUGCUGCAGCUCAACCGAGACGAUCCGCAGCAGCAGCAGCAGCAGCAAGUGCCGAUUGACGCCUUGCUGAUUGAUUUCAACGCUCUGAUGCAUCUGUGCAUUCAUGGGCACCUGCCCAGUUCUCCUCCUGCGCUGAGUUUGCUGCAGCAGGAGCAGCAGCAGCUGCUGCAGCCGCUGCUGCUGCAGCAGCACCAGCCGCUGCUGCUGCAGCGAGUGCUGUCUUACCUUGACUUACUUGUGAGACUCGUGAGGCCCCGCUCUCUUCUCUGCAUUACAAUUGAUGGUGUACCCCCAGCAGCAAAGCUGGCGCAGCAGCGCGGCCGCCGCUUCAGGCAGCAGCGGGAGCAGCAGCAGCAGCAGCAGCAGCAGGGACUAAUCCAGGCAGAUACAGAUGCUGCGGCAACGGAUGAAGCAGCAACCGCUGCGCCCAGUGAAAAUCGAGAAGCACCAGCAGCAGCAGCAGCAGCAGCAACAGCAACGACACCCACAGCAGGAGAAGCAGCAGCAGCAGCAGACGACGACGACGACAAGUUUGACAUUAACAGCAUUGGCCCCGGCACCCGUUUUAUGUUUGUUGCAGAGGCAGCCUUAAAGCGAUUUAUCUCUCAUAAGCAAAGAAGCAGCAGAGUUUGGGGCUGCAUGCACUCCGUCUUGCUUAGCGGCGCUGAUGUGCCAGGGGAAGGGGAGCAUAAAUUGAUGCAGUUGCUCACAAGGGGCUCCUGGGGGCCCCACAGUGCUGCCCUAGGGGAGGCCUGGAGCAGCGAGGUGCAGCAGCAGCAGCAGCAGCAGCAGCAGCAGCACAUGCGGCAACCGCACAGAAACAGAGAGGCAGGCACAAGGUUUCGUUUGCUGCUUCCCCCAUCUUUCGAAGACUGUGAAGAGGGAAAUCCUGCAGCAGCAGCAGCAGCAGCAGCAACAGCAGCAGCAAAGAGUUCGUCGUCGCCCACGAGAGCAGCAGCAAAGGGGGCCCCAACUCACUCCCCACCCGAAGCCGCACCAGAUGAAUCUCCAAGCGAGCAGCAGCAACAGCAGCAGCAGCAACAGCAGCAGCAGCAACAGCAGCAGCAGCAACAGCCGCAACAGGUUUCUUCUGAGUUGCUGAUCCCUCUUCCUGGGCGCAUCUGUUUGUAUGGCUUGGAUGCUGAUUUAUUAGUCUUAGCGCUGGCGAGGCAACGGCCAGGGCUUUUAAUAUUAAGAGAAAAACAAAAGUCUAUCUGCGGCACUAGAGCUGCAGCAACAAGAAAAAUGCUGCUCCGCAUUCAUGAGGCUCUGCAAGAACAGCAGCAGCAGCAACAACAACAACAGCAGCAGAAAGAGGAGCAGCAGCUCCUGCAACUUGGUGAACAGAGUGCGAAAGGCAAGGGUAAAGGGAGAAAGAAACAGCAGCAGCAGCAGCAGCAAGAAGAGCAGCAACAGCAGCAGCAGCAGCAGCAAGAAGAGCAGCAACAGCAGCAGCAGCAGCAGCAAUUACUGGAUGGUUUGCUGCUGCCUGCUUCGGGAGAUUUCCUGCGUUAUACGGCGAAAGACUUUGAGGUAGUGUGUAUAGACACCCUGAGGCGCCAGUUGGUGCGCUCAUUAGCCACUGCAGCAGCAAACGAAGCAGCAACUCCAGCAGCAGUAGCAGCAGCAGCAGCAGCAGCAGCAACAGCAGCAAACCGCGGCCCUGCUGCUGCUGCCUCGCCUAUGGGAUCAUCCAAGAAGCUCUCAACUUUAGCUGCUAACAUCGAGGGUUUAAAAGGGGUUUCUCUUGUAGGGGGCCCCCCUCUCUUGGGGCCCCUAGGGGGGCCCCUUGGGGGCCCCUUAGGGGGGCCCCUUGCCGGGGGGCCCCUGGGGCCCCCUGUGAUGCCUUUGAUACGGGGCUUGGAUGCGAGCCGUUUGGUGGAUGACUUUGUGCUGCUAUCGUUUUUUGUAGGGAAUGAUUUUUUGCCUGCUUUACCUAAUAUAAAUAUUUAUUCGGGAGGGUUUUCGUUGUUGCUUCAGGUGUAUACGAGGGCCCUACCGUGGUUGGGGGGCCCCCUGACUCGUAAGACCCAGAUUCACUUACCUCGACUUAUUCGUUUCUUCUCUCUUCUUGCUGAACAAGAGGGGCCCCACUUCGAGGCAGAGGGGCCCCCGGGGCCCCUUCAACCAGCCUAUGCUGCGGAGUACUACGCGGCGAAAUUUCCCCUGCGUGAUCUAGCAGCAGCAGAAGCUGCUGCUGCUUCUGCUGCUGCUGCUGCCUCUUCCUCCUCUGCGGCAGCCGCAGGAGAGAAACGAGGGGGGGCCCUGGGGGCCCCUGGGGCCCCCGGGGGCCCCGAGCGUCUUUCUGGAGUUCCUUUUGGGGUGUUUCGGCACGAGUUGUGCGUGAAGUAUAUAUCAGGAUUGUUUUUUUUGCUGCAUUACUACCACAGUGGGGCCCCCUCUUGGUCGUGGGAGUACCCUUAUAACUAUGCGCCGCUAGCCUCUGAUUUGGGGGCCCUUAAAGCAGCAAAGCUGCACAUUACCCUCCCUCACUCGCAACCUAUCUCGCCCUAUCAGCAGCUUCUAGCGGUGCUGCCCCCCAGUAGCAGCGCGCUCCUACCGGGGCCCUAUAGACGGCUUCAUCUGCAUGCAGCCCCAAGCCCAUCUGCCUUUCACUGCAUGUUUCCUUCUUCCUUUCUUAUAGAUCCCUGUCCUUUACAAGCAAUCCCGUACCCAGGGAAAGCAGCAGAACUCACAGACGACGCAGCCCUCCCUGCAGCAGCAGCAGCAGCAACAGCAGCAGCAGCAACAGCAGAAGGAGCAGCAGAAGGAGGAGAAACGGGAGCAGCAGCUGCGGAAGGAAGAGCAGCAACAGGAGUGACGACAGGAGGAGGAGGCGGAGGCGCAGCAGCAGCAGCAGCAGCAAAUGCUGCAUUUGCUGCAGCCAUAAAAGAGGGAAGGCAAGCAUUAAAGAGGGCCCUCAAAAGAAAACCCACAGAAGAAAAAGCAGCACAACUCCCCGAGUGGCUGCACCGACCACUUAUUCCGUCUUUAAACUUGCAGCAGCUGCGUGCUGCUGCUGAGGAGGCAGUGGCAGCAGAAAUGAAUGCAAAAGGAAGGCCCCUACCUAAUGCACGGGGCCCCGGGGGCCCCUGGGGCCCCGAAGACUUCUUCCGCAACAAACUUGGGAGGCCCCACGUCUUUGUCUCUCCAAGAAUGCUGACGAGAGCACGAGUUAAUAGCAAGAGACAACUUAAUAAGGAGAAGAAGAGGGUUUAG